AUUAAAUAAAAAAUACUACUCCUAAUCACAAAAUAUACUAAUUUCUUAGGGUUGAACAUGAAUACGGGCGUUUGGAACGGCACAAACUAUGGUGAAGGAGUGAUCAUCGGUGUCCUGGACACCGGAAUCACUCCAAACCACCCCUCUUUCGACGGCAAGGACAUGCCCCCGCCGCCUGCCAAGUGGAAGGGCACGUGCGAGUUCACUGGCACCGCGUGCAACAACAAGCUCAUCGGCGCCAGGAAUUUCGUCGCUGGGGGGACGGGGCCGCCUGUCGAUGACGAGGGUCACGGCACGCACACUGCUAGCACGGCUGCCGGAAACUUUGUUCCCGGAGCCGCGAUUUUCGGAAUGGCCAACGGCACGGCUGUGGGAAUUGCGCCGCGGGCGCAUUUAGCCAUGUACAAAGUUUGCGACGAUGCCUGCUUCGAGACGGACAUACUAGCAGCUAUGGAUGCCGCCAUUGAUGACGGCGUCGACGUGCUUUCGCUCUCCCUCGGCGGAGCUUCGGUUGAUUUCUACGCCGACGGAAUUGCUAUCGGCGCCUUUGCAGCUAUUCAGAAGGGGAUUGUGGUGAGCGCUUCCGCUGGAAAUGCCGGGCCGAUUAGCUCUUCAUUGUCGAACGAAGCUCCAUGGAUUCUCACCGUUGGUGCUAGCACCAUCGACAGAAACAUAGUUGCUACGGCGGUGUUAGGAAACUCGGCUAAAUACGACGGCGAGUCGCUCUUUCAGCCUUCCGAUUUCCCAUCCGAUAAACUCCUGCCUCUCGUUGACGCCGGCGCUGGCGGCAACGAGACCGCAGCUCUGUGCGGUCCCGGCGCCCUGGCAGAGCUCGACGUCAAGGGUAAGAUCGUGCUCUGCCAGAGAGGCGGCGGGAUCGCACGGAUCGACAAGGGACAGACCGUCAAGGACGCCGGCGGCGCCGCCAUGAUCCUCAUGAACGACGAGCUAAACGCCUACAACACCAUCGCCGAUCCGCACGUGCUUCCCGCCACGCACGUGAGCUUCGACGCGGGUGAGAAAAUCCGGUCCUACGCAAACUCAUCCUCGUCCCCGACCGCGAGCAUCAUCUUCAAAGGCACCGUGAUCGGCAACCCGCUCGCCCCCUCGGUCGCGUCCUUCUCGUCGAGGGGGCCGAGCGCGGCCAGCCCGGGGAUCCUGAAGCCGGACAUCCUCGGCCCCGGCGUCAGCAUCCUCGCGGCCUGGCCCGUGUCGGUCGACAACUACACGAACGAGGCCGCGCCCUUCAACAUGAUCUCGGGCACGUCCAUGUCGUGCCCCCACCUCAGCGGGGUGGCCGCUCUUCUCAAGAGCGCCCACCCUGACUGGUCCCCAGCCGCGAUCAAGUCCGCAAUCAUGACAACCGCCACACAGGCGAAUCUCGGCGGGAAGCCCAUCGUCGACGAGACGAACCUCCCCGCCGACAUCUUCGCGAUAGGGGCGGGCCACGUGAACCCGCCCAGCGCGAACGACCCGGGGCUCCUGUAUGACCUCCAACCGGAAGACUACAUUCCUUAUCUGUGUGGCCUAAACUACACAGACGAGGAAGUGCAGGCGAUCGUGCAGGAGCCUGUCUCCUGCACGAACGUCACAAGCAUACCCGAGGGGCAGCUGAACUACCCGUCGAUGGUGGUGGAGCUCCCCAACGAUGAUUCCAAGCAGUCGUUCUCGAGGACGGUGAGGAAUGUGGGAGAGGGGAACUCGAGGUACGAGAGUGUCAUCGAUUUUCACGAACCUGCGCCGAUCGGCAUAAGCGUGGACGCUGACCUCUGGUUUUCUGAUGUGAAUCAGACUAAGACGUAUCAGAUUUACUUCUACAGAAAUGGCGAUACCAAUCUGACUUACACUAAAGGAGCACUGAUUUGGAAGUCAGCGAAUCGCGCUGUAAGAAUGCCGAUUUCCAUCAAAUUUGUGUAA